CAGAGGAGGAAAGAGGAGUGAGGCUUCUAUGAAUUUGCGCCGCGAGAUUGGCACUUUAGGGGAGGAGCGUGGGAUGACGAGGGGAAGGAGAUCUGGCCGUUGAAUAUUUACGAAAAUUGAAUUUGAAAAGCUUGGGAGAGAGAGGGAGGAAGAGAGGGGCGAACGAGAACACCACCAACGAAAGAAACACGAAGCCCCUCUCUUCUAUUCUGGUUUCUUAAUCACAGACUAUUCUUCUGCUUCUUCUUUUUCUUCUUCUUCUUCUUCCUUUUUUCUUUCUAUUGUUGUGUUCAGUUGGUUUUUGGAUCGAAUUGUCUUGAUUCGAGAGUUGCACACGCAGUCGCGUGGUGUUUGGAUCUGAAACCACUGAAUUUGAGCUUAACUUUUGAUGAAUUUGUUGCUGAUUGUUGUUGAUGUUAUCGUUGAUAAUCGGUGAGUGGAGGAGUGAGUGAGGUUCUUACUUUUUUUUUUUUUUUAAAUUAUUGUUUUAAUGGGAGAAGGGGAAGGUGAGGGGAGUGAUUGUGCUCCCAAGAAUGUUGUGCCCAACGACGUCGUCGCGAAUGCGCUUUUGCCGUCUGAUGUUCCCGCCAAGAAGCUCGCCAGACAGCUCGAUUUCACCGGCUUCGGUGGGAUGCCACCGCAGUCGCCGGUGGUUUUGCCUCUGCCGCCUUCUGCUUCCGUCAGGGUUGGGAAACCAGAAUCUCCAAAGUCGAGACCGAGGCCUGGCUUUGAAAUUAAAGAAGCUACUCCCAAAAAACAAAAACAGUGCAAUUGUAAACAUUCAAAAUGCUUGAAGCUAUAUUGUGAAUGUUUUGCUUCGGGAAUAUAUUGUGAUGGUUGCAACUGUGUAAAUUGCUAUAACAAUGUGGAAAAUGAAGCUGCUAGACGAGAAGCGGUGGAAGCUACUUUGGAACGCAAUCCAAAUGCGUUCAGGCCGAAAAUUGCAAGCAGCCCUCAUGGAACACGUGAUAGCAGGGAGGAUGCUGGGGAAAUUUUGAUAUUGGGAAAGCACAACAAGGGAUGCCAUUGUAAAAAAUCUGGGUGCCUCAAGAAGUACUGUGAGUGCUUCCAAGCCAACAUUCUUUGUUCUGAAAAUUGUAAAUGCAUGGAUUGCAAAAACUUUGAGGGUAGUGAAGAGAGACAGGCUUUGUUCCAUGGAGAUCAAAAUAACAACAUGGUGUAUAUUCAGCAGGCAGCCAAUGCUGCCAUAACUGGAGCUAUUGGUUCCUCUGGCUAUUCAUCACCACCAAUAUCAAAAAAAAGAAAAGGCCAAGAACUCUUAUUUGGGUCAACCAUCAAAGAUCCGUCACUUGGAAGGCUGGGACAACAGGCAAACAAUGUCAGAGUUCCUGCACCAUCCUCAUCCAUGUCACCUAUUCCAGGUGCUCGUGUUGGACCAGCAACAUUAGGUCCUUCAAAAUUAAUGUACAGGUCUCUUUUAGCAGACAUCAUACAACCACAGCACCUGAAGGAACUUUGCUCAGUUCUGGUGCUAGUAUCUGGACAAGCUGCUAAGACAUUUACUGACCAGAAAAAUUUAAUGGACAAGCAUGCGGAAGAUCACACAGAAACUUCUCUUGCUUCUUCAACUCAUGAGCAAUUACCAAACCAAAAGGAAGCUAAUGUUGAGAAAGCUAUGGCUGAUGAUGAUUGUUUGAGUGCAAACCAGACAGAUAAAAUCAGCCCAGAUAAUUCUUGUUCAGAUGGUGCUGAUGUCCCAAAAGGGAGGCCAAUGUCUCCUGGAACCUUAGCAUUGAUGUGCGAUGAGCAAGAUACAAUGUUCAUGACUUCUGCCUCCCCUAUUGGAUCAAGGGCUCAUGCUUGCAACACAUCUUCGCAACCGCCAUAUGGUCAAGGAAUGACAGAGGUCUAUGCCGAGCAAGAAAAAAUUGUACUGACAAAAUUUAGAGACUUUCUCAAUAGGGUUAUCACUAUGGGAGAAAUAAAUGAAACGAAGUGUUCUUCAUUAGCUAGAAGUGAAUUAGAGAGUGAAAAGGACCCAAACAACAAUUGCACUGGAAAUACCAGUACUGAGACAGCCCAUCAGCAGGGAACCACUAAUAAUGUUGUUGCCAAAGCUGCGGGCAACAUUACUUCAACAUCUUCGUUUCCUGGUGGUAGUCUUAUUCCUGAAAAAUAGAUAUGAAAAGAAAUCUAACUUAGAUGAGCUGAGAUAACUAUGGAAGAAUAUUGUGUGAAGGUAUGCUACAACUCUGAACUGUAAAAACACUAUUCUUCGUUAUGUUGCUUCUCUUUGAAGGGCGUGUCAACUGUCAAGCACACAGGCCCACCAAUUAGUCCCCAUAGGAUCAAUUUUUUGGUUAUCAAUUUUCUUCGAUUCCGGUCAUUCAAGUAUAGAAAUCUGAAUUAAUUGCUCUGCUUCGACGUAACUUGUAAAUUGCAGACUUGUAAUUUCAUAAAAGAAGCAAUGUAACUUAAUUCCCCAUUCUA